UACACACUCUACAUGAUCAGUAAGCAAGCAAGCAAGCCCUUGAUCCAAGUCGUGAGGAGACUCGCGUUCCUUCAUGUCACUCACAAUCCUUCUGGGUGGCGGUCCUUCCCAAGCACAAGCGGCGGAUUGCGUCACUGCUCGACACAGCGACGACCACUCCAAAGAAAGCAGAGCAGAGCAACAGCAAGCAUGUUGAUGAUGCGGAGGGUGCUGCUGCGUGUGGCUGCGCCGCACCACCAGCGAGGCCUUGCGGAGCCCGGCCUCCGCUCCCUUGUGACAUCGGCGAGGGCAAGGGUGCAAGCAGAGCAGAGGCAAGGGAGCACAGGUGGCGGCGCCGCGUCCGUCACGGUCGGUGACCGCGAGGUGCGGGUGGACUGGGGCGAUGGCUCCAGCAACGCCUUCUCCUUCAUCUGGCUGCAGGACCACAGCCCUGCAGUGCUGCACCCAACGUCCAGGCAACGCAUGAUCGACACCGUGUCCAUUGAUCCAACCGAAGCACCAGAGGCCAUCUCGGUGAAGGGCAACGAGCUCCACCUUUCGUGGAAGAGCAGCCGCGAAGCCAACACGCCGCCCACCAUCUAUAACCUGGACUGGCUGCGUGCAAACGCGUAUGGUGGGGAUGCCUCUGACAGUUCCACCGCCUCAACCCCGCGCGCCACCGGUGCUGCACACCAAGCCAGCACCGCCAAGACAAAGGCGUCUGGAUGGAGCAUGCUUGGGCCCGUGUCUUACGUGCAGCCAAAGACGUGGUAUGGGCCUGAGCUGCCCUUGCAGUCUUUCGACGCUCGCGAGGAUUCGCAUGACGCGCAGCGGGCGGUGUUGGAGACGCUGCUUCGGGACGGCCUUGUCCACCUCCACCACAUGCCGGAAGGACGCGACGCCCUGCGUGCCGUCUUCCAGCGCUUCGGUAUGCUGCGCCGCACCUUCUACGCAGAUGACAUUUGGGAUUUGAGGGUUGUGGCGGAUGCAGACGUGAACGACACGGCCAUGACGACCAUCGAGCUUCCCCCACACACGGACUGUACAUACCACGCCAUGCCACCUGGUCUCCAGCUCUUCUCCUGCUUGCAAAACAGAGCAACAGGAGGCGAGUCCUGGUUCGUCGACGGCCGCGCGAUCUACGACACCCUAGCCCGCGAAUCACCGGAGGCAGCAGACUUCUUUGCCACCACUGUGCUUCCGUUCUACUGCAUUGAGGACGGCAUCUAUCUCUGCGCGGAGGGCAAAGUGUUUACGUUGGAUGCCAACAAGCAGUUGACGCAGUUCCGCUACAACAACAGCGACCGCGGCCCCUUGGCCGGCAUGCCUGCACACGUCGUCGACGCCUUUUACACCCACCUGCCCGUCCUCACCCGCGUCAUGCUCAGCGACGAGCUGGCUCUGCUGAAACGUGUCAAGGAUAACGAGAUGGUCGUUGUGGACAACCACCGCUGCUUGCACGCACGCAAAGCGUUCCAGGGCGCACGCUCCUUCGUUGGCGCGUACAUUGACAUGGAUCACUUCCACAGCCAGUGCCGGCUGCAUGGGCUGGAGCUUGCGCGCGCCUGAACAGCGUGUGCAGUCUGUUAUCAACAGGAAUGGCCCAUCAGAGUAUCAGUGUGGUGCAGCGUUACCAACAUGUCAUGUCCAUGCACGCGAGUCCAAUAAACGCCAUCUUAGACAGCAA